AUGGUUAACAGUUUAUGGUUCAAAUGGAAGAAGCUUCGCCUACCCUGGCGGAAGUCCUUCUUGGUCGGUGAGGAUCUCGCCGGAAAUACCUUCUGGGAGUUCAAAGAUGUGAUGAAUGCAACUCGAUACCGGCGCAUUGUUCGAUUCGAUCCCAAAACUCACUUGAGUGAUGUUCAAGUAACACCGCAAUGGCACCAAUGGCUGCGACAUGUCCGGCAACACCCCCCAAGCAUCCAGGAGCAGCAGCAGGAUCUUGUGCGGCAGGCACAAAUCAAACAACUCGCUCGGCUUGCUGAUGAACGUUGGGCCAGCAAGGCCUCCUUCCUCGAUAAGCCCAAGACUCAACACCAAGCACCAUCAACCCAAAUCAAUGAGGCGACUUUGAAUCAGCUGCCCGCCAGCGCUGCUCCCACACAAGAAGCACCAGCUUCAGCCGCAUCCCCCGAAACAGCCUCAAAGGCUGAGCCCGCACCCGCACAACCGAAGACACAAAAGGUGGAGAACCCAUGGGCCAAGGCGAACAAGGCCAAUCCAGGCGAGGAGUGGCAACCUGAAGCAUGGUCUCCUAGUAUCAAGCGGUGA